AUGCCAGGACAACGAGAAGAUGGCAGAGCACAUCGUAGUGUCCAGCGCUUUUGUGUGUACAUGUACUCUUCCCACCACCAAUUGGUGCGCGUCGACCAUCGUGGCCGCAACUCGAUUUGCUUCAGCGCCGUCGUGUUAGUGCCGCGUAACUUCCUUGAGCGUGGCUCGGUUUUGGAUCCUGUCGCCGGUUUUGACACGAGUGUAACGGCAGAGAUGGCUGUGUCCUUUGGAGAAAUUGUAAAAGGACGCACCCUCAAUAUUUAA